AUCACCAGGAAACACAAGCACUCCUAUGUAUAGACAAACAUAUACAUCCACCAUGAGCAACAAAAACAACAACAUGAAGAUGAUGAUGAGUUCCGCAAAAGAGAGUGGUAAUGGAACCACUAACAUUGUUAUAACUGCAGACACUAGGAAUAAGAAGGUUGAGAGGAAGGCAUCGAUGGACGUGGACAAGUGCGCCGAAGCUUUUAUCUCAAAGUUCAGAAACCAGCUUCUUCUCCAGCGUCUUGAAUCCAUCGAAAACAUGCUCUCACGAGGCCCUUAACACUACUUUAUCGAAAUAUACAUAUAUGUAUUAAUUAAUUCUAUUAUUUCUUUCUUUUAUAUAUGCAUAUGGCUUUCAUAAAUUACUUUAGAUCUUCUUGCUUUUAGAGGUGGCAUUCUUCGUUUUUUGGUAACAUUAUGGUCCUUUUUUAAUAACAAUAUAAUGAAUGUAA